UUCAUUUCAUCGAAUAGCAGGUGCAGGAAAAAAAGAUAGCAAUCUCCUUCUUGUUUUUCUCUGCAUCUGCUUCUCCUUCUUCAUCUCCAUUUUCACCAAUCAAACCCAACCCAACCCUUCCCAUUCCCAUUCCAUCAACAACAGAAGAAAAAGAAAAAUCAAAAAGCAAAUCUGGGUAAGAAAAUGCCUUCAUUGGAGGAGGAACUCUUCCCCUCAACCCCCGGAAAGUUCAAGGUCGAGCGAGCUCACGGCAUGAACCGCCAACUCUACCGCUGCUUCGCCUCCACCAGCACCAUGUUCCUGUGGGCCCUCUUCCUCAUCGCCCUCACCGCUUCCUACCUCAGCUUCCAAGGCUUCGUUGACUCCGGCAGCCGCUACCUCUCCGCCUCCUGGGGCGGGAUCCAGUGGGAGAAGCAAGUCCGCACCUCCGCACAGAUCCACCGACAGGGCGGCAUGUCCGUCCUCGUCACCGGCGCCGCCGGCUUCGUCGGCUCACACGUUUCCCUCGCCUUGAAAAGGCGAGGCGACGGCGUCGUCGGGCUCGACAACUUCAACGACUACUACGACCCAUCGUUGAAAAAAGCCCGCAAAACCCUCCUCACCACCCACGGCGUUUUCAUCGUGGAAGGCGACGUCAACGAUGCCAAGCUUCUCGCCAAGCUCUUCGACGUGGUGGCGUUCACCCAUGUCAUGCACCUCGCCGCGCAGGCCGGAGUCCGCUACGCCAUGGAGAAUCCUCAUUCCUACGUUCACAGCAACAUCGCCGCCCUCGUCACCCUCAUGGAAGCCUGCAAAUCUGCAAACCCGCAACCCGCUAUUGUCUGGGCUUCUUCAAGCUCCGUCUACGGUCUCAACGAGAAGGUUCCGUUCUCGGAAUCCGAUCGGACUGACCAACCCGCCAGCCUCUACGCCGCGACGAAGAAAGCCGGCGAGGAAAUCACCCACACCUACAACCAUAUCUACGGACUCUCCAUCACCGGGUUGAGAUUCUUCACCGUUUACGGACCCUGGGGCCGACCCGACAUGGCUUACUUCUCCUUCACCCGCAACAUUCUGCAAGGAAAACCCAUCACUGUUUACCGGGGCAAGAACCGGGUCGAUCUGGCCCGGGAUUUUACAUACAUUGAUGAUAUCGUGAAGGGGUGUGUCGGGUCGUUGGAUACUGCUGGGAAGAGUACCGGGUCGGGUGGGAAGAAGAAAGGAGCUGCACCGUACCGGAUCUUCAACCUCGGGAACACUUCGCCGGUGACGGUGCCGACUCUGGUGAGUAUCUUGGAGGGGCAUUUGAAGGUGAAGGCGAAGAGGAACGUGGUGGAUAUGCCUGGAAACGGUGACGUUCCGUUCACACAUGCGAAUAUUAGUUCGGCCCGGAGAGAACUCGGGUAUAAACCGACAACCGAUUUGCAAACCGGGUUGAAGAAGUUUGUGAAAUGGUACCUUUCCUAUUACGGCUACAAUCACGGGAAACCUGUAAAUUAACUGGUUUAAUUUACCUUUCUUUUUUUUUUAAUGGGAAGGGGUUUUAUUUAUUUUUUUCCUUUUUAGUCUGUUACUCUUAGAAUUUUUCAUGGAAGGGGUAAAAAAAAAUCUGGUCAAAGUAAAGGGGAGAAGACCAAGAAAAGAAAAAAGAAUACAUUCUUUACUUGAGAGGCCAGCCAGCUAAAACAGCUGUGUGCCUUGCUGAUUUCUUUUCUUUUUUUGGCAUCAAAAUUAAAUUUGUGUUAUUGGGUUUUUAACAUUUUUCUUUUGUAAAGAAAGAAAGUUGGAGUAACGUUUUUUC